AUGGAGCAAAGGCUAUCUCAGAGCUGCAUUAAGGGGCUUGAUGUCCAGAACGAAGGAGAUGCUGGUUCUGCCCUCAGCAGACCCAGUAGAGGAUUGUGCUUAGUUCAGAGCACCACACUCAAGGAAACGGGCCCCCUUCUACCCCAGGACAAGGAGAACAAGGCAGCCAUUAAGAUCCAGGCCUGGUGGAGGGGCUUGCUGGUUCGACGGACGCUGUUGCACGCGGCCCUCCGUGCCUGGAUCAUUCAGUGCUGGUGGCGGGCUGUGCUGGCCCGGGCACUGGACAAGCGACGGCGGACGAUGCUGCUGCUCUACUCCCGGCAGGAGGGCGCCGUGGUCAAACUGCAGGCGCGGGCGCGCAUGUGGCGGAUUCGCCGCUGCUUCUGCCGGGCGCGGGCUGCUGCCUGCAUCAUCCAGGCGUACUGGCGUUGGUAUGCCAGCCGAAACCGAAAAUUGGAGAGCAGCCACACGACGGCAGAGCAUUUGGAGAUCGAUAUAAAAAUUCUGGUUUAA